CACAAACAUUACGCCAUGGCCACUUUGGAGGAUAAAUUAUUAGGAGAGAAGCUGGAGUACUAUUGCAGCAGCAGCGAGGGCGAAGACAAUGACCACGAUGGUGAUGAUGAGAAAGAUGCAGGCAGGAAAGGAGCCGCAGGAGGCCUGACUAUUAACACGGAUCCGGAUGCAGCACCUGCGGGGGGCUUUCGUCAACAAGGGUCCACCAAUACCGGACCCAAGGGUGUUGUCAAGGAUUGGCAGCGUUUCAAGCAACUGGAAGCCGAGCGUCGCGAUGAAACGGAGCGUCAACGUCUGGCCCUGGCCAAAAAACUGAGCAUGACUACGGCCACAACCGCUGAAGAUGAGGAGCGCAAGCGUCAGGAGGAAUUGGACGACGAACUGUCGGAGCUGAUGAGCGAAGACUUCUUGCAACAGUACCAGAAGCAACGCAUGGCCGAAAUGCUCCGUCAAACGGGACACAAUCAACAGUUCGGAAAGGUGCAGCAACUGAGCACCCACGGGGAGUUUCUGGCCUGCGUGGAGCAGGAGAACAAGCAUACGACAAUCAUCAUACACAUCUAUGAGAAAAGCCUGGCGGCCUGCAGUACGCUUAACAAGUGCCUUGAGAGCUUGGCCAGCGAUUAUCCGUCCAUUAAGUUUGCCAAAAUAUGUAGCUCUGUGGCCGGAAUGAGCAGGGACUUCCGUACAAAAGGACUUCCGGCCCUGCUGGUGUACAAAGCCCAGGCGGUAGUUGGAAACUUUGUGCGCUUAACCGACGAUCUGAGCGACGACUUUUUUGCCUCCGACGUCGAAAGUUUUCUCAUCGAACACGGAAUCAUAGUGGAUAGGGCUCUAUACAGCUAA